AUGGUCCCAGAUCUGAUUGUGCUCUUGUUUGGCAUGACAAUGAGAGCCUGGGAGUUGACAUGAUAGUACUAACAGACACACUCAGGCUUUUGAUUUGAACACGAUCCAAUAGAUUGCACCCUUUCUCUUUCGGCCAGGGAGGAUGCCUAGAAUGGAGGGAGGGAGCUGCUGAGCUCCAGGUCCUUCCCCCUCUCUGGUUGUGAAUAUAAGACUGCAGCUCCAAGGCCUUACUGCCUCUACGCCUGGACAGACAGACAGACCGACAGACAAGAUGCACUCCUCUGAGCCCUCACUACACUGGUCGUCUGCCAGAGGAUGCACACUGAAGGUAUGUACGGUCACCCAGGAGAACAUUUAACUGAUUCAGGAACAGUGGUUAUUGACAUUUAUUUGUACUGUGAAGUUUUACCAGGUUUCAGGAGAUUGGAUUUGGAGAGAUUCUAUUUAGCAUGCUUUUUUAGUCCAGGAAUAGAUUUAGGCUAAUCUGUCCGGGAAACCGGCCCAAAGUAGAAGUUGCAUCAAGCUAUUGGUCCCUAGUGAUCAAUGUAUUUUCUUCACAGAUAUUGAAAACAGUUUUUAGUUUACAAACAACAGUAUCAUAUGCAUGCGCUUAUGCACAGUUAUGUGGCUCUGUAGAAAUCUAAAUGUGAUAUUUUCACUGCAUAGCAUUUAAAUGUCCACCUACAUGGUGGCAAAUUUAGGGAUGCACAGUUCAGGAAGUUCACAUCUUUGGCAGUGUGGGAUGCAGUGAAAUAAUAUCUACCCAGUGCUUUUGAGGCUGCAAAGUUUUGUAUUUGUCUGAAUGUCAUGAGCUGGAGGACCUUCACCUCCAGCUCAUGACAUUCCUAUCAGCAGACUGCACCAUAGAAAUAUAAUAUAUUUCUAUGUUCUGCACUGCAACCCUCAUUUGCCCAGUGGGUUCAUUCAGUUGUUGUAUUACACUAAUUACCUGCAUGGACAAUUUUGACAUCAGUGCAACUCAAAAUUAGUAGGUGCUUCUUGUCACUCUUAAUAAUGUACUUUCUAUGAGCGAUGUAUACACUUCAUUAUGAUACCAUAUCUAAUCUACAUGCAUAUUUGCUGCUUUUUCUGCAAGGAAGAACUUAGUUUCAAAGGUGCAAUUAUGCACUCAGUUGUAAAGCAUCAGAGUAUUAGAUGCAAUAUUGUCUACUUUUGGGUCCCUGAGAUCCACAUGUGAAUGAACUGUACAGGUGUUAUGUAGGCUUCAGUAGAAAUGGAGCACCCUCCUUUCUACGCUAUCUUUCUAGAGGGGAGGGCAGAGUAGCCUUGCCAGAGUGACAGAAAGAGCGUGGGAGGAGGUGAUUGUAUCUCAAAGCUGCUAUCAUCCAUAAUUCUAUUCUAGCUGAAUUAUGAAUCAUUAUUUUGUAACUCGCUGUACUAAAACAAGCAUCAAGGUUAAUACUGGGUAACCUCUAUGUGCUCUUGGCUUGAUAAGGAUUUUUUUAAACUGUUGCGAUGCGUUGGUUUGUAAUAGCUGUUUUGAUAGUGUGCAUGGAGGCUCUCCUCCUACUUUAAUUACGUUGGGUUGAAUAAUGUCUUUGUCUUACUUGAAUAUUUAUGAUGAUGAGUUUCCUUGUUUAUCAACUAAAUAAUAAGCUAUAAUUACUGACUGCCAAUUGUUUAUCUUUAUUACAGUGAAACUCUGAUAACCAGCAAAUAAAUAAUUAUUUUUAGGUUUUAUGCCACCUGUUCAGAUACACUGCUCAUGUUUGCCCCAAUUGUUGUGGAAAUGUAUGAUUAAGCCUACGCUGAACAAAUGAAUCUUCAACUCAAUAGAGCCUAACAUUUUUGUAUGUGUUAAUGUGCUGGUGUUAAUAAUGUAGUGGCAGCUUGGACAAGACAGUUGUGCUCAGUCAGAUGAGUGGUGCUAGAUAUUGAUUAUUAAAGUGUAUUCUUUCUCAGGUGCUAUGUUGGCGGAGCGUCGGUGUGCUGUACUCCAUCUUGUGCCUUGCAGCUCUACCAGACCAUGCAGAGUCUAGAGCACGCUGUGGAUCUGAACUUGUUGCCCACCUAGAGUUUGUGUGCGGAGACCGUGGAUUUUACAGAGGUAAGGUCCCCUGUUGUCACCUUUGUGUUGCUACUUGCCAUUAAUGUCCCGCUGUUUAGAUAGUGUGCUCCCUCUUUCUGUCAGAGAAGCACCACAUGGUCACUGGAUCGCACUGCUGACACCAGUGUUACAACUCAAUGUUCAAUGCUCAGAAGAAAAUGUAUACUGGGACAUUUCUUACAGGCAAAUUAGCCAUUCAUUUGAAGGGGAAAAAAGAAUCCCAUGCUGAAACUUUAGCAGUAUGACCAGACUUCAUACUACCCAUAAGCCCUCUCACCUAAUCACCUUUACCCUUAUUCCACCAAGGCCACUUUCACAGCCUGAUAUCAUGUUUCUUUCUCAUCCAACAAGAUGACAGUGCUUACAAGAACAUUUUGCCAACAUUAGAGCGAUAGCCGUAACUAUAACAAUAAAUAUACAACGGAUUAUGUGCAAUUUUAUGUAAAGGUAAAAGUGUAUUAAACAGGAAAAAAAAUACAUAGAGAACUGCAGUAGGGGAGAGUGGGGUAAGUUGAGCCAAAAGGGUAAGUUGAGCCACGCUUGUUUCUAGGAAACCAUACACAAAAUGUAUCAUUUGACCAAAUAUUUAGGAAGGGGUCAUCAUUUCAUGUAGUCUGUGUAGAAAGAAACCACAUGGAAAAAGUGGUAAGCAUGUUGGGUCCAAAAAAAUGAUUUUUACCAAGUCAAAUUAAUUUAUUGUGUUAGGGGUUUCAUGCUUGUAUCUACACAAAAGAAGAUCAUUUUAAGAUUGUUCUAUACAUCAAACGAGGUCUCUAAGCUUCAAUAUGAGGUUCAAUAAGUGCAUCCUACUGUAUACUGAACAAAAAUAUAAACGCAACAUGCAACAAUUUCAAAGAUUUUGCUGAGUUACAGUUCACAUGACUGGGCAGGGCGCAGUCAUGGGUGGGCCUGGGAAGGCCCACCACUUGGGAGCAAGGCUCACCCACUGGGGAGCCAGGCCUAGCCAAUCAGAAUUAGUUUUUCUUCACAAAAGGGCUUUAUUGCAGACAGAAAUACUCCUUAGCACCCCCCCUCUCCCCCUCAGACGAUCCCGCAGGUGAAGAAGCCGGAUGUGGAGGUCCUGGGAUGGCGUGGUUACACGUGGUCAGCGGUUGUGAGGCCGGUUGGACGUAUUGCCAAAUUCUCUAAAACGACAUUGGAGGCGGCUUAUAGUAGAGAAAUGAACAUUAAAUUCUCUGGCAACAGCUCUGGUGGACAUUCCUACAGUCAGCAUGCCAAUUGUAUGCUCCCUCAAAACUUGAGACAUCUUGUGGCGUUGUGUGACAAAACUGCACAUUCUAGAGUGGCAUAUUAUUGUCCCCAGCACAAGGUGCAUCUGUGUAAUGAUCAUGCUGUUUAAUCAGCUUCUUGAUAUGCCACACCUGUCAGAUGGAUGGAUUAUCUUGACAAAGGAUAAAAUGCUCACUAACAGCAUGAUAUUUCAGCUCAUGAAACAUGGGACCAACACUUUACAUGUGUUUAUAUUUUUGUUCAGUAUAGCUGUGUGGGCUAAUAUAGUCAAAAUGUUUGCUUGGGGUAAGUUGAGCUAAUGGUUGAGCAAAUGUAAGUGUUUUCUUCCCAGGCGUAAUGCAAGCAAGGCAUUAUCGCUUGGAUAUGAGGUAACAACCGGGCCUGGCCUAUGUUAAGUGUUUGAAAAAAAGCACAAAGCUGUUGGAAAUAAAGAUAUAGACAUUUUUAAAAAGGCAUUAGUAAUAUUGAAUUAUGCACAUACAUUUGUAGCCUGCUUAAGUUACCCUGUCCCGCCGCUCAACUUACCCCAUACCCGGGGGUAAGUUGUGCCAAGAGACCACUUUUGGACAAGCUAUGUUUUCAAAACUGUGAUGUUGGCAUAAAUUGUGAUUAUUUCCAGGUAUACACAACAUCCUGAAAUAUAUGUAUACUGAACAAAAAUAUAAAAGCAACAUGCAACAAUUUCAACGAUUUUACUGAGUUAGUUCAUAUAAGGAAAUCAGUCAAUUUAAAUAAAUUCAUUAGGCCCUAAUCUAUGGAUUUCACAUGACUGGACAGGGGUGCAGCCAUGGGUGGGCCUUGGAAGGCAUAGACCCACCCACUUGGGAGCCAGGCCCAGCCAAUCAGAUUUAGUUUUUCCCCACAAAAGGGCUUUAUUACAGAAAUAAAUACUACUCAGAUUUUUUUUCUUCAGCUUAUUAAACACUUUACAUGUUGCGUUUAUAUUUUUGUUCAGUGUAGAUAUCUUUGUUAGAAAGAAUACUAUGUUUCCCUUGACGGAGUUAUGCUGAAUGUAAAUUUUUUCGCAACUUACCACACUCUCCCCUUCAGUAUUACAGAAAUCAGGUUGAGAAUUAUAGGCGGUGGGCUGUAGCAUGUUCUGCUUUAGUUUUCGAUAUUUAUUUGUUUAUUUGGAUCCCCAUUAGCUUUUGCAGAAGUAGCAGCUACUCUUCCUGGGGUCCACAAAAAACACAAAACAUGACAAGUAACAAAACACUGAUAGACAAGGACAGUCACACAAAUGUAAAAUACAACGAUGUACAAACAUCCAUCGCUGUCGAGGGAGGAGCUGGUUUUUACAUAUUGGGUAUAUUUACUGCUUCUGAACACAUUUCAGUUUGUUGGCAAUGUCAAUUCUUGCAAAUAUUUUCAAAAUAACUUACUUUUAUCAAGACAAACUCUGCUUUUAUCUUCGCUAGCUGGACAGGCAAAAGCAGCCGAGUACUAAACUGUAAACCAAUCAAAUGAAACGAAUGAAAAAAAAAUAGCAAAAUAUAGUUUUUGAGUGUAAUAUCCACGGUACUAUCUCUGCAAGAUCAUGUCUGCCAAUCAUGUUAUCCAUACCUUUAGUAGUAGAAAGCUGGUUACAGCUCGAGAGAUCUCUAUCUAGCUAGCAGGAGCAGAUAGCUUUAUCACUAGCUAGCAUGUCAUUCCGGGACAAGGAGUGGUUUAGCUAUCAGUUUAUUCCAAGUAAUAAUUUAAAGCUACACAAAUCUAUAGGACAAGUAGUGUAAAGCUAAUACAGUCAUCAUGGCAGGACCCACUAAUUUUAUUCGUACUGACAAAUAAGAAAUGCCACAUUAUCCCUGUCAAUAGUUGGAGUGGAUGAUUGCAGAGCACCCAGCCUCAGACUGUCAGGAUGUUCAUUUUCUAGCUAACAAACUACAUUCCUUUGCUGUGAUCUUUUCUUCUAUUCAUUCUUGUCUCACUUUUGUCUGACAUGAUCUAUUCAGCUUUCCUGUGACCUGCUCCCAGAGAUCAACCAAGUGCUAUUCAUCAAGCAUGGGCUGAUUAACUCACAUGUGAGGAGGGCCAUCCUAUUGAAGUUUGAACUAGCCCUGAUGUCACUAUUUAGACAUUGAGACCAGGGUUGUCAGGUAUAGCUAAACAUUUCUAAUCCAAUGACCUCUGAAAACCCCCCCACAAGGCCUGAAAACUAGCCCCAAAAAAAUUUUCGCAGCAAGAGAGUUGCCACAUUUAUCCAAUAAAUCCUUUUUCCAUAACGUUAUGGAGCAAAUUAAGGAAUAUCGAUGUCAUUUUUAACGGCGUAGGCUAAGAAGCAAAAUUCGGUUUUCCAUCAAAAUAACAAUUCUUGCGAGUUUAAGAAUGUCGCAAGAGAAAAGAUAACCUUAUUAAAAUCUCCAGAUCAUUUUCUAUCAAUGGAUGUCGAUUUAACUUGUUUUGAGUGCUAUGAUUAAGCAAUAGGGCCCGAGGAGGUGUGGUAUAUAGCCAAUAUACCACGGCUAAGGGCAAUUCUUAGGACAUAGCCCUUAGUCGUGGUAUAUUGGCCAUAUACCACAAAGAACAGCCCUUAGCUGUGGUAUAUUGGCCAUAUACCACAAACCCCUGAGUUGCCUUAUUGCUAUUAUAAACUGGUUACCAACAAAAUUAGAACAGUAAAAAGUAUGUUUUUGUCCUACCCGUUGUAUACGGUCUGAUAUACCAUGGCUGUCAGCCAAUCAGCAUUCAGGGCUUGAACCACCCAGUUUAUAAUUACAAUUAUAAACUGGGUGGUUUGAGCCCUGAAUGCUGAUUGGUUGAAAGCCAUGGUAUAUCAGAUGUGUACCAAGGGAAUGACAAAAACAUACUUUUUACUGUUCUAAUUACGUUGGUAACCAGUUUAUAAUAGCAAUAAGGCAACUCAGGGGUUUGUGGUAUAUGGCCAAAAAAUGUUAGGCUAUUUUCUUGCAAUUGUGCCGUUAUUAUGUGCCAGAUGUUAAGACUACAAACCGUUAUAAAUGGCCUAUUUGCGAGAUUGACUUGUUAUUUCAAUAGGCAUAGGCUACUGACUAAAAUCUGGGUUUAUAAUUGCAAUUCAACAUUGCCAGGGUUUGCUGAGCUAGAUGAUAGGCCAACAUGCCAACAUUAUAUUCCAUUGCAGCCAACAUUAUGUAUGCACACCAUGGUAUUGGACUACUGCUAUUUGAGAACUGGUUUAGAAAUCAAACUCUGGUUAUCUUAUUGCAGAGCACAUUGUAUAGCUGUUUUUAGAGAAGAUUGUAUUGCAAGGUAUGCUAUAUGUGUAGGCUAUGCCAAAAUGUAUUGGCUAAUAUGCAUAUGCAGCUGUCGUUUUUAAACCUCCAUUCUAGCAGACAUGACACACACAUCUUUCUAUCUACAUGUUUUUAUUUGUGUCUAUAUGCAAAUUAUAUGAUUGAUUGUUUAUUUAAGCCUGCAGCUAGUUACUUGAAAUGUGUAUUUGUAUUUAUUAUGGAUCCCCAUUAGCUGCUGCCAAGGCAAAAUUAAGGCAGUUAUACCAAUUUGAACAUUACAAUACAUUCAUAACAGAUUUCACAACACACUAAGUGUGUGCGCUCAGGCCCCUAUUCCACUAUCACAUAUCUACAACACAAAAUCCAUGUGUACGUGUGUGUAUAGUGCGUGUAUGCAUGUGUCUGUUUUUUUAUUUAUUUUACCUUUAUUUAACUAGGCAUGGCAGUUAAGAACAAAUUCUUAUUUACAAUGACGGCCUACACUGGCCAAACCCGGACGACGCUGGGCCAAUUGUGCGCUGUCCUAUGGGACUCCCAAUCACGGCCGGUUGUGAUACAGCCUGGAAUCUAACCAGGCGGUCUGUAGUCACGCCUCAAUCACUGAGAUGCAGUGCCUUAGACCGCUGCGCCACUCGGGAGCCCUGUGCCUAUGUUUGUGUUGCUUCACAGAGACCUCUGAUGGCAUGUCUUGUGGGGUAUGCAUGGGUGUCUGAGCUGUGUGCCAGUAGUUCGAACAGACAGCUCGGUGCAUUCAACAUGUCAAUACCUCUCACAUACAUGUAGAGAUGAAGUCAAUCUCUCCUCCACUUUGAGCCAGAAGAGGUUGACGUGCAUAUUAUUAAAGUUAGCUCUCUGUAUACAUCCAAGGGCCAGCCGUGCUGCCCUGAGCCAAUUGCAAUUUUCCUAAGUUCUUCUUUGUGGCACCUGACCACACGACUGAACAGUAGUCCAGGUGUGACAACACUAGGACCUGUAGGACCUGCCUUGUUGAUAGUGCUGUUAAGAAGGCAGAGCAGCGCUUUAUUAUGGACAGACUUCUCCCCAUCUUAGCUACUGUUGUAUCAAUAUGUUUUGACCAUGACAGUUUACUAUCCAGAGUAUAACAUGUUGCCGCCGUAGCAUUUGAUUGAUUGAUGCCAGCAAGAAUUGGGCAUCCCUUGAUAAAAAUAAAUACAAAAUAAUUAGCCAAUCAGCAUUAAGCUGAGCUCAACUGUGGGUUGUCCUUGUGCAGCAAAACGCCGCCUAAGGGAGGCCAGUUUGGAUUUGGCUUCAGACCAAUCAAAUCACAUCCUAAGCCAAACAUCAUUUUCAGAAAAACUGGUCUGUUUCUGGUCAGCUUGUGUUGAUGUCCUGCAGUAGCUAGCUUGCUAAAUUGGCCCUUUCCUAAGCCAUGGAUGGGGAUUUGGAUUUGUGGUUUUGACUUAAUUCUCUGUACAGACCAAUGAUUAUGAAGGCGAUUCUGAUCUAACCAUAAAUGUACAGUGAGGGGAAAAAAGUAUUUGAUCCCCUGCUGAUUUUGUACGUUUGCCCACUGACAAAGAAAUGAUCAGUCUAUAAUUUUAAUGGUAGGUUUAUUUGAACAGUGAGAGACAGAAUAACAACUAAAAAAUCCAGAAAAAACGCAUGGACCCGACGACGGUGGAUCGAACUGUACAGGCUCCGGACUGGAGCCGCUGGCCGGAGCUGGACUGGGCACCGGUGGAGCGGAUUGCUCUGGCUCCGGAGUGGAUCCGCUGACUGGAGUUGGACCGGACCCUGGUGGAGCGGAUUGCUCAGGCUCCGGAGUGGAGCAGCUGACCGGUGCCGGACCAGGCACCGGUGGAACAGGCACGGGCCGUGCCGGACUGGACACACGCACCACUGGCUUGGUGCGGGGAGCAGGAAAGGGCCGGACCGGGCUGACGACGCGCACCACUGGCUUGGUGCGGGGAGCAGGAACGGGCCGGACCGGGCUGGCGACGCGCACCACUGGCUUGGUGCGAGGGGCAGGAACAGGCCGGACCGGGCUGGCGACGCGCACCACUGGCUUGGCGCGAGGUGCAGGAACAGGCCGGACCGGGCUGGCGAUGCGCACCACUGGCUUGGUGCGAGGGACAGGAACAGGCCGGGCUGGACUGGGAAUACGCACCACUGGCUUGGUGCGGGGAGCAGGAACGGGCCGGGCCGGACUGGGAACACGCACCACUGGCUUGGUGCGGGGAGCAGGAACGGGCCGUACCGGACUGUGGACACACACCACUGGCUUAGUGCGAGGAGCAGGAACGGGUCGGGCCGUACUGGGAACACGCACCACUAGCUUAGUGCGGGGAGCAGGAACGGGCCGGACCGUACUGGGAACACACACCACUGGCCUUGUACGGGAAGCAGGAAUGGGUCGGGCCGUACUGGGAACACGCACCACUGGCUUAGUGCGGGGAUCAGGAACGGGCCGGACCGGACUGGCGACACACACCACUUGCUUGGUGCGAGGAGCGGGACUGGGUUCCCUUAUAAACCUCCGUUCCUUCUGCUGCCUAACCAGCUCCUCUCGCCGUGCCUCUACACUCUCCUUCUCCCUUAUCGCCUCCUGUAGCUCCUCCCUCUGACCAAUUAACUCCUGCUCCCUCUGGACCAAUAGCUCCCGUAACCUGGUGGCCUCCUCUCCUAGUCUGCAGAUUCGCCCUGUCGCUGCCUCCUGCUGCCUCGUCGUCCACGCCGUGUGCCCCCCCCCAAACAUUUUCUUGGGGUUGCCUCUCGGGUGUCCGUCGUCGGCCCGGUUGGCGCCGUUUCUCCUCUCCUGCCUGGGCAUUUACCUUCGCCCAUGGCCCUUUCCCCGCGAAUAUCUCCUCCCAUGACCACCAUUUGCCCACCUGAGACAUCGCUAUUCUCUCUUCCUGGGCACGCUGCUUGGUCCUCAUUUGGUGGGAUCUUCUGUCACGAUCGUUUACGGAUGAGACGGACCAAGGCGCAGCGUGAUAAGCGUACAUAUUUAUUAACGUACUGAACACGAACAAAACAACAAACAAACAAUACGUGAAGUCCAAGGUAGACUAAUAACAUACCUAUACGGAACAAGAUCCCACACAGACUGGUGCCAAACGGCAAAGUAUUGGCCCCAAUCAGAGACAACGAGCUACAGCUGCCUCUGAUUGGGAACCACCCUGGCCAACAUAGAUCUACAUGAUCUAGACACUAACAUAGAAAACUUAACCUAACACGGAAAUAAACACACCCUGACUCAACAAAUAAACGUCCCCUGAGUCAGGGCGUGACAAUUUGUGUUUAGUGAGUCCGCCAGAUCAGAGGCAGUAGGGAUGACCAGGGAUGUUCUCUUGAUAAGUGUGUGAAUUUGACAAUUUUCCUGUCCUGCUAAGUAUUCAAAAUGUAACGAGUACCUUUGGGUGUCAGGGAAAAUGUAUGGAGUAAAAAGUACCUUUUCUUUAGGAAUGUAAUGGAGUUAAAGUUCUAAAAAAAUAUAUCAAGUAUAGAUACCCCCAAAAAAGACUUAAGUAGUAUAGCCCACCACCUGCUCUUCAAGACAGCGCAGUGUUUCACGAUCUGAUCCAAAUACCUUUUUUCUUGUUACAGCACCGAACGGACUUCGUUCCACCCGAGGGAAUGGUACUCGCCUCAGAGGGAGUGGGACUCGGGUCCGAGGGAAGGGAAUUGUGGAGCAGUGUUGCUUAAAGGCCUGCGACCUGAAGCAUUUGGAGAGCUACUGCGCAAAGCCAAAGCGGAGCCGACGACACGCUCCCCUCACGCCUCAGCAAGUUAUGGUAAGAGACCACACUUGGGUAUCAGCCCCAUAGAAAUGUUAAAAGUCAACCUCAUUCUAAAGCUCUUCCUUGGAAGGCCUUGGAAUUGGUGUUUGAAAAGUUGAACACAUCCAACCAUCCAUCUAGCACAUCCAUAAAGUUUAACACAUGCACACAGAUACUAGAGGGGACAACAUAUCCACAGGGUGUGGCUACUAUUUGAAACCACUAGCUCCCUCAAUCUUGAACGUAAAACAACCUGUAAUUACUUUGUCAUUUGUAGGAGGUGCAAUUUCAGGCUGUUUUUCGGAGGAGAAUAAUGAACCACUGGAAACUUGAGUCAAGUCAUGAUGAAGAGAGGCAAAUCCUCAGUGUGCAUCAUCAAAAGAAAGUACAUUAUGGACACGAGAGACCGCUAAGGGUCAGUGCUGAGGGGAACGCAGCAAGAACAACAGACAAGGACUCCCUCAGACUGAAGGAAUCCCUUCAAAGCAGCAACAACAACACGGCCAUUGUGAUCUUUGACCUUUUUGAGGCCAGCAUUUCAAGAAACUGA